CGCGCUUGUCCGCUCCCAUCAUGUCCUCGGUCGAGAAUCUGCUCAAGCGCGCCGCGGAACUCGGAAACGUGCAGACGCACCGGAGCACAUACACGCCUACGACUCAGGACGCCGUGAUCCUCUCCGAGCAGCUGCGCGAGUUGCAGGAGGCGGAACCUCGAGUGAAGUCGGGCACCUUGCGCAACGCCGUCCACACGCAAAUCCAGAUCCACAGCGCUCUCCUCGCCCCCAUUCGCCGCCUGCCUUUCGAACUUCUGUCGCGCAUAUUUUGUUGCGCAUCUUCGAACGCGUCCUUUGUGGAAUGGGAACACUAUGAUGCGAGGAUCGUCCGCACCUUGACGCAAGUAUGCUACACAUGGCGCGAGGUUGCGACCCAAACCGCUGUUCUCUGGGCACACAUUAGGAUCUAUCCGACGGCGUGGCCCAGUCUCCACCGAUUCAGACGCAAGCGUGCGACUUUUGAGGACGAACUCUUCACUCGCCUCUCUCGCACCGCGGAAUCCCCUCUCCGCGUGGAACUCUUGGCUCAUCAUGCGGAGGCGAUUCGAGAACCAUUACUGUCCCUCAUCUGCGGUCAGUCGCAUCGCUGGGACAAGGCGUCUAUCUGCGGAAUGAUCACCCCAGACUCAGUUGGCCAGCUACGCCGCCCAUAUCCGAUCUUGCGCGAGCUCCGCCUCAAUAUCUGGUGGGACGAGGAGGACGAUACCUUUGACGAGACUAUACGGGCCUUCGAGGACGCUCCGAGCCUUCGCAGAGUAUACCUCGCGUGUUCCAACAACAUCCCUCUUCUCCAGUUCCCUCCUUCCUGGACGCAGAUUACCCACCUCGAGAUCGACCGCACCAUCGAGAACGAGGGGAGUGCGCCAUUUGCACCCUGUAUACCCGCACUUGCUGCUUGCGCUGGCACGCUCCGGUGGUGCAAACUAUUCGCAUGCAAGUUCUUCGGAUUGGAAAGUCAGUCCUACAACAACAUUCACUUUCCUGUCCUCGAGGACCUCUUCCUGCGUGGGAACUGCGUCAAGCUCUGUCGCAUGAUCAGCGCGCCGAAGCUGCGGACCAUCGAGCUCAAGGAGACGUAUUCCAACAGCAAGCUUGCGCACGUUCGCGGCUUCCUUGAAAGGUCGGGCGGCUGCACCGAGCUGCGCUCGGUCAGUCUGAUACAUCUCGACGAGGACGUGCACACAGUACUGGAUUGCGUGCGCUCAUUGCCGCCGUCUGUGCAGAGCCUCGUCGUCAAGACGGAGGGAGGCGAAUCCUUGGGCCCGCUCGUCACGAUCGAGCUCGUUCAGCUGCUGACACGUGCUGGGCCGUACGAUGGCAGUUUGCGAGUUCUCCCGGGGCUUCAACAUCUGGAGUUGGACACGGUGGAUGAUGAUAAUGAAGAUAAUUUCGGGGAUGGCUUUCAAGCAGCUGUGCUAGAGAUGCGCGCUUCGCGGAUGUUGUCCGGUUGGACACUCAAUGACGGAACGAGACUCGAGACUCUGAUGACCUUCGUAUACGACAACGCGUACCAUGUACGGGACGGCCAGCUACUGUCUAAGCCGGUGCACAGAAAAAUGCGCAUCGGGCUGUGUUUGUCACUGGAGAAAGCUGCAUUGCUAGUUAUGGUGCAUACUCAGCAUACUCAACCUCCGGCUCCACCAUCGUCCUCUCCGCUCGACACGAACGGCAUUUCCAAGUUAGAAUCUGCCACCGAAGACCUGCGAACAUACGAAAACCAUGACUUCUUGUACCUGCAUAGGACCUACUACGCGCCAAGUCCAUGGGAAGCGUCUGCCAUCGCAAAACGCGUGCGCGAGCUCGAGGCCAUCAACGCAGAGCUUGCGAGCGAACAUUCCCAGCCCCCGCUACGUCAACACGAGCUUCGUCGGGAAGUGGCACUCGGAAACGCCCUUCUCUCUCCCUGUCGUCGCUUGCCGUCAGAGCUGUGGUCGGAGAUAUUCUGCCAGGCCAAGCUUUUCUUCCCUGAGAACUACGAUAUUGACGACAAGCGGUUCCCUUUCACUCGACUUUGUCACCUUUGGCGCUCGAUUUCGCACGAGACGCCGGAACUCUGGUCGGACAUCUGCAUCACGCUCGGCCUCGGCUGUCCAGAUGCAGGAUUCGAGGAGCGUGCGUACGCCAACCUAGCGAGAGCGGGUCAGAGCCUGAUUGCGGUCACGAUUGUCCUGGAAGGAGACGACGUGCACCCUUAUUUCCUCACAGGGAGAGGCAGGAAGCUGUGGGCCGCUAUUUGCGACCUGUCUUCUCGGUGGAAGAGUGCAUAUCUCGACAACAUGCCGUUGAGCGCUUACAAAAUGCUCUUUCGCCGCUCGUUUCCUUCCCUCCAAGAACUCAGAGUCAGCACGAACAACGAGGAUCUAUCAAGAAGAAACGAGGAAAAGCAGCUCCUCGCCUUCGCGAACGCACCCAACCUCCGUGCCGUAGACGCCGAGACGAUAUACGUGCUGCGCGACUUCAAGACACCGUCGUCCUGGCGUCUGACCCAUCUGUUCAUUACGUAUGAUGAAUUAGUGGUGGGCAAAGAUGGUCACCUCUUCUCAGCGGUCAUGAGCCUGAGCCAGACCCUCCAAGAGUGCUCGGUGAACGGGCAUACACCGGUCGUCCUGUCGCCCGCACAGCCCAUCACGACUUUCCCCUGCCUGCAGAAAAUCUCGCUCGAAAGCGGCGGACUCCACUUCUUGUCCCUCAUUAGCGCGCCGAAGCUGCAGCGUCUGGUGCUCUCGGACGACGUCGCCCGGCAAUGUAUCAGCGUCGCCGACAUCCUCGAGAAGCUUCUGGACCGGUCCUCUGGCUGCCCCGAACUUCGCUACCUCUCACUCAGAGCAAUCCGAGUGGACGACAUGUUGCCCAUCAUGCGUCGUCUCCCGCAUCUAACGGGCUUCGAGUUGGAGGACAAGGGUCGGCCAUAUGGAAGGCCACCGCUCGAGUUUUACCUCUUCGUGAAGGAGCUGACGCGCACUAGUCGGCGGCCUGCGUCCUUGGAGCUUCUUCCCAACCUCACACAUUUGGUGAUCAAGGAUGGACGCCGCCCUGACAAGCGCUGUCAUGCAAUGAUUGGGAAGGCGAUUGAGUCCAGAUCAACGCGCAGACCACGCAUGCUCAACGGCCAGCCGCUUGCUUACAAAGGGGUGGGCGUGAUGCCCGACGCCAUAUUCGGUAGGUACUCCGCGGAUUCCCGCGCCCACGACGACGAACAAGUUCCGGAAACUGAGCCCCCCAUUCGCCGAAGGUCCGCGCGACUUGCUGCUCGUGCGAAUGUUCCCGUGCAUCGGCUGCCUCCAGAGAUCCUUGGGGAGAUAUUUUUGCACUUCUGCCAGCUGGUCCUCCAAAGCCCGUACUUUCCCGACCCCAUCCCAACGCUAGACACGACCAUCACUUGCGUCUGUAGGCGGUGGCGCCAGAUCGCGUACGGGACUCCUCAGCUCUGGAGAUACAUCGCCUCCCCGACACGGCGUAUCAAGGCAUACCUGGAACGCUACGUGCCUCUCGCCAAAGGGUGCCCCCUUUUUGCGCAAGGGCCUGACGUCUCCACUGCCUUUCUGACCUUCAUGAAGGAGAUCCGCCCUCAUGCAUUUCAACUCGAUUCAGUGAUCCUAAUGGGGAUGUAUGAAGACUUCGAGCGGCUGAUGCCUUUCGAUAUGAUCAACCUCAAAUAUGUGCGCGUCAGACCCUGCCUCGGUCGCGCUCGACCCGGACGCGUAUACCCCCUGGCCUUCAUCAAGGAUACUUCGCGGAUAGAGUCGCUUCACCUCGAUCUUUUCGACGUGUAUGAUUCCGUGAUUUCGAUCCCCCCGAUGGCCUCCUUAACGACCCUUAACAUGAGCAUUUCCCUCGGGAAUGUAUCCAACACCCUCAUCCCCCUCCGGCAAUGCCACCAGACGCUGAUCACGCUCAGAUUAACCUUCUACAGUCCCGAGGGCCCGGGCGAUAUCGCAGCACCAUACGAACCACUUGAGUUUCCAGCGCUUCGAAAAAUGCACCUCGAGUAUAAUUCUGGUGGCCUGUUGCAGUACGUCGCGGCGCCGAGCCUCGAGCAGCUGAUCAUCGAUGGCCCCGCUGCAAACAUCCCGGCACUGCUACUAGGGUAUCUGCGCCGCACGCCAUCAACAACCACGCAUCUGCGCCUGCUCGACGUGCGCACCGUCCACGUAGAAGAGUGGGAUCGUGGCCCAGCGCACGAAGUACUUGCAGAGUGCUUCGUUGUCCUCGAAGGCCUGGAAACCCUUCGUUUCUCGUCCUAUAUGCCGCCCAGACGGCUCUUCCAGCGCCUCAUGGGCGAUACGGACGCAUUACCUCUUCUACCGAAGCUCAAGCUUGGGGUCAUUGGUGGGGCCCCUCUUGAUCAGGACAAGCAACCGAGAGCGUACAAGGAAUUCCUUCGGGUGACAGUGUCACCAGUCGAUGAGUUUUAAUGACGUCCAGAGUGUAC